CGCUUACAAUCCAAUGCUAGUCAUGUUUUAUUGAGAUCAGUUGAGCCAAGCAUAUCGGGAAAAUUUAGCUGUGAGGUGUCUGCCGACGCACCUUCGUUUCACACGGAAAUUGCCGACGCCCCUUUAGAAGUUGUUGAAUUGCCAAAGCAACUUCCAGUGAUAACGGGAAUUCAGCCAAGGUAUCGACAGGGUGACGCAAUACGAGGCAACUGUACAUCCUUUAAUUCGAAACCAGUCGCUAAUUUGACAUGGAUGAUAAAUGAUGUGGCG